AUGAAAUGGAUAUGGAAUUUGGUAGGAAAAAGCCGAAAACUAAUUCAUAAAGAAGACAAACUCAACCCUUGCAAAUUUCAUGACGAAAGGCUAUAUCCUGACCUCCUGGCCAAAUCAUAAUUAAAUAUGGUGCCGCUAGAAUUUUCUGGUCUCGUGAAAGAAAAUUCAUCUCUUGUAGAUUUUAAUUAUGAGGCUGGUUUCCUGUGUCGAAAUUUCCCAGUUAUGUCAGAGAAGCAAGAGCUGGUGGUUUUUCCUACGGACUCCUGACCAUAGGGAAUGGAAUUUUCCAGAAGGGUAUCACUUACCCCAGGCGGUGGAGAUUGGGACCCUUUAGGUAACCAUUCGGACUCAAGUAAGUAUCUGAGCUCGAAGAAGAGUCAUAAAAGUCCAAACUUCAAAAUUGGCGUCUUCUUUUAGAGGUCACAUCAUUGUGAGCCUGAGGAAAAUGAAGCAAAAUUCGCCCCAGAGCAGUAUUGGAGUUAGCUGUGGCCGAGCAGUCUGAUAGUGGACGUUAAACCUGUAUAGAUUAAUUAAGAUCUCCAGGCCAAUCAUCACUGCAAAUCGUGUGAAAUGGAGUUAUGCUAUAUGUGUGCGCAUUCCCAUAUCGACCACGGCUGCAAUGUGAAAUGACCUUUUCAUUUACAACACUCUGGAAAUUCUCUUAUCGACGCUUUUAACUCAGGCAGAAAAACCUUACUCCACUGGUCUGACAUAAAAUGUACCUGUGGCAAGCCUUGAACCCAUGGCUCCGAGCCUACAAUCUGUAUAGCAUGUGCAAACGCAACUUGCUCUCCAGAGUGCCACAUAAAGCUCCAAGAACAAAACGUAUGUCUUUUCUAUACAAAUUUCGCAGCACUUGAUAUUGUUUUUGAGACAGUCAAUGGUUUUCGAGCAAUCUUGCAUAAGAAUUUUCAAAUUGCAAAGCAAGGACAGCGAGUUACUUAUGCGUCACCACGAUUUAUGAGUGCAUUUAAGCAUGAUGAGAAUCACAUUCUUUUGCAGCGUGGUUUUCGACAAUAUGGGCAGCCUUUAGAAGAAAUGACGAAAAAUAUGAGUGUGAUUGAGGAGAAGACAAGCUAUGAGCAUGCUAUGUGUCUUUGUAAUUGUGAAGUAUGCUCUCAGAAUAAGCAUCCAGCUUAUAAUUGCAUUUCAACUUGUCAGCAUUCGAAAAAUAAAAAACUGAAGCAUGUUGAAUGCUGGUGUUUGUGCUCAGAGUGCAUUGUGAGGGGUGCACAUUCUAGGAAAGACUGCUAUCAUACGUGCAAAUUACAAAAACUAGAAAACGAUAAUAAUUUAAUUUAG